UCAGGUUAGAAACAUGCAUCGCAACAUAACAUCUCCAAAUCGCAUUCCGCAUACUGAAAUCUAAUCCGAGGACAUCAGGAUGUGUGACAUAAUCCCCAAGACAUCUGAAAACUGCGCUCCUCCAAAAACGGGGGCUCCAGGGGUGCAUGGUUUGGGGACUAUGUGGACCUCUGUUUGCUCUUGCUUUGGGGUAGGAGGGUGGGGGGAUAUAUAAAAGAGGGGCGGUACACCAACUGGCCCAAAACGUCAGAGACGCACUUAACUAUAAAUCUCUCCAAACUGCCGUCUGCAUGCGCGCGGUGCGGUGUUAUAUGCGCAAGACAUCUGUCCUCUGCUUCGAGUCCAGCAUGAGGACGACGACGCGUGUGGAAACUCUUUCCGAGCUGUGCCUCUAAAGACACUAUCUGAGGGGAAAAUGGAGAAUAAACACCCACCAUCUGUGUUGUUUACCAUGUCAAGAUGCUGUCAGAUGUUGGCGACUAUGAACAUUUGACGCAGUUGUGGAUAUAACGGCGCUUUAAGUGUUUUAUCGAGAGCUUCUUGCGCUCUGGGAAACGACAUAUUGUGCACCUUUUACGCGCCGGAGACGCUGAUGUCUUCAUUGGACUCCUCUCGGUGGGAGAUGGUGGAACUCUCUCGGAUUUCCAACGUGGAAACGUAGCAUCCAAUUAAUCAGCGACUGCAACUGUAUACCCAGUGAGGCGCAGUGUGGCACUUCUUGGUCCGCUCUUCUUCAACUCUACCUCUACCUUUGGACUCCAAAGUGUGGGAAAAAUACGCAUGGUUUUCGUCGGAUCGGAGUUAUGAAAAAACACACAUGGUGCUGUAUUUCAGCUUGUGUUUCUAAUAGGACAUAAAACCCGAAUUUGAACUCGUUUUAAGGACAUUUUUUUUUUUUGGACUGUGGCGAUUCAUGAAGCUGUUUCAGCUUGGGACACGAAGCAGAGUCGCGUUUUCUGUUUUGGAUUUUAACACCAAACAGCCGAGCAAGUUCCAGGUCUGCAUGGGCCAUAUAUUAAGCUUUCUUCAUAGGAACUGAGUCUAAGAUGAAGUUAUGGGAUGUUUUGGCCACGUGUUUGUUGCUCCUGAGCUCUGUUGCUACACGGCCUCUCUACCAAAACACUCAGCCAGCCAAGAGGACUUAUUUCCCCAACAGCUACAGUGAUUCUGCGUCCCUGUCUGUGGAGGACGAAGAGCCAAAGUUCCAGCGUGAAGAACACAACCUGCAGGAGAUCUCCAUGGAGGAUCAAUAUGACAUCGCAGGUCCCUAUCCGGAUCAGUUCGAUGAUGUAAUGGAUUUUAUUGAGGCUACCAUUGGCAGACUGCGGAGGUCAUCAGACCCCAGCGGGGGCUCCAGGGGACGGAGGGAGCAGAGACAGAGGGGAGCAGCAAACACGGGAGGCGCGAGAGCCGAGAGGAGAGGACACGGCGACAGGAGGCGUGGACGGGGGCGAGGGGGAAGCCGAGGCGGCAAAGGAGGACGAGGCGAGAAGGGGAGGGAGGGGAUAUCGGUGCAGACACGAGGCUGCUUGCUAAAGGAGGUCCACCUCAACGUGACGGACUUGGGGCUGGGCUACCAGACUAAAGAGGAGCUGAUCUUCCGGUACUGCAGCGGCCCCUGCGUGGAGGCGGAGACCAACUACGACAAGAUCCUCAACAACCUCACACACAACAAGAAGCUGGACAAGGACACGCCCUCUCGCACCUGCUGUCGACCAAUCGCUUUCGACGAUGACUUAUCCUUCUUGGACGAUAACGUAGUGUAUCACACGCUGAAGAAGCAUUCUGCCAGGAAGUGUGCCUGCGUCUGAGGAAGCGACAGACAUGACCAGCAUCAGUGAACUAAGGAUCGCCUUGACAAGCUGGUGGGAUCGCUGUUUGGACUACGUGGUCGAAGAGGGAGUGUACCGUCUUUAACUUUUGUCGGCAGUCAAAUAAGCCGAAAAAGAAGCAAACUAUACAUUCAGCUUUGACAGACUACGCUCAGUCCUUCAGAACUCCAGAAGUCCUUCAAUUCGCAGGAGAAACGAUACUGUUACACUUCCAGAUUUGCUAACCGUGAUGUCUAAAAAGGUGAGAGUGAAGAAAAACUUUUGACUAAACUAGCUUUUUUUUUUUUCUGGAGGAAUUCAUUUUCCCAGGAACAUCAGUUUUUCCAUAGCUGGCUCCUAAGACUCCAGAUGAAUGCGGAGAUUUGAGGAGUAUAUUCAGCUGCAAUCUAAAUCACUGUCACUGCGUAGUCUGGAUGUUGACAUUUACAUUCAGAGCCAAGGGAUGACAAAUACCACACCGGAGUGUCCGCAAAGACUUUAUGGUGCAAUGCAUCUACAUAAAAUCCAAUCAUAUAUAUAUACAUACAUAUAUAUAUAUAUAUAUAUUAUAUAUACACGUGUGUGUAAGAGGUAUAUUUAUUAAGAUGGGAAUUAACUUAUUGUUAUUUAUUUCAAUCCAUUUUAUGAAAGAAAUUGUCGUUUUUUUCUUAUUUAUUUAAAAGCUUUUGUUUGUCCUGGAUGGUGCCAAUGUGGAGCAUUUUCUCAAUCUAAAAAAGGUGAAUUGCUAAACACUCACAUCCUAAUAUUGCUUAUUGGCUUCACUUAGAUUCCAUUAGUUUCUCAAUUCAUGACUCCAAAGGAUCAUCAAUAACUAUCCAGUUAAGGAAGGGUAGGAAGAGACACAGAGGAGGGGACCAAUAGAAGAUUUUGGAUUGAAUUGAUCUUUUGUUUUGGAGCUUUUUUGAAGGUAGAUUUUCUUUUUGGACAUUUCACCUCAUUUUUCCAAAUGUGACCAUGCUAAGACAGGAGGUAUUUCAGACAUUGCUCUCUUAGCAAACGCCUCUUUUGCUGCUGUUUAUUUUAAAAUGAAUAACCCAGAAUAGAUUUAAACGUCACUCCAAACAGGAGCCAUCGCAUCUUUCAACUAAAAUCUAACAUCAACAGUAGUAGUGGUCUCUCUGAGGAUCUGCAGGUGCCCUUUGAGGAUCCAUCCUUUGAGUCACAGAGUACAGAAGCUGCUAGAAUGCCUGCCUAUCAGCGAAUGUUAUCCGAAACCUCACUCUGGCCUUGCACCAAGUCUGAGCAAAGGCUUUGCAGCGGUUACUGUCCCAAUAGGCUUUAAAGUUCACAAGACUGCUUGUGUUUCUGUCUCGACUCUGACAGACAGGUCUUACUCCCUGAAAGGGGAUUUGAAAGUGAUCCUCUAACAUGAGUCUUAACCAAAUAUCCCCGUUGGCAAAGGCAUAUUGGUGAAAGCAGUUUAAGGAAGAUCUAGGUACUGUAGCGGCUGUCAUCGCGCAACUGACGUAAAUAUCUGAAGACUAGACGUUUGGACAAAAGGAUAUGUUUUGGAAUCGCAGAGGGAAGACGGUGGGUAGGCUUCAACAUGCUUUCUACAUGUAAUAACUUGUUCAGCUACGUUUUUUUUUUUUACCAAACUAUACACAAAUAUACAUCCAGGAAAACAGGAGGCUCUUUUAAAAGCAUGUUGCUGUGCCCAUGGAGACCCUGCGAGGGGAUGGUUUUAAGUGGAACAAAGAGAGCCCUCGGGUAGGUCUUGAUGUUAGCGCGGAUUAGGGACCAAGGUAUCUGUGCCCACCCAGCAGCAAGCAAGCCAGCUUUACUGUGUAAUCCGCCUGCACACAGAACAAAUCCACUGCAUCAAGCUGAAUUUAGGCCAAACACUACACACACAGAGGAAAAAAAAACUCAGCUUUUAUCACAGCAUACCUCAUCAAUUGGAUCAUCUUCCCCUUAAACAACUGAUUCGUGCAUAAGCCUUUCCAGAUGAGAAUGUGCAGUUAGGAGACUUCCCAGAAGCCCCAGAGCGCCUCGCUACUCUUCGAUACCAUACAUUAAAAGUGUGUAAACUGUGACCACUAUAGCCCUCUCAUCUCCGUGACUGUUUGCUCAAACUGUUCUCCUCGCCGAUUAGUCCUCUGGUUUUGACGCAAAGGUAAACAAAGCAAAAAGGUAAAAAAGAUGCGAAGGAAUCCUCAGUGUUAAUAUUAGAAGAAAGGAUUGGAUUUCUCUUUCACUCCUCAUUGUGUUAACACCUCUGUGUCAUGUCGUCUCACUUGUUUUGUGUUACAGAACCAAAGCUCUCUGCAAACUUUAUUUUUGUACAAUAUUCAUUUUAUAACUUUUUACAGAAUUAAACUUGUUUCUAUUAAA